CAGGGGCGGACUGACAACUCAUGGGGCCCCCGGGCAAUAGGGGAUCAUGGGGCCCCUGUGUCCUUGCCCAAACUCAAAAAAGCCUAUGAAAAAGGUACCAGGGGCAUCUCAUGGGGCCCCCUACUGACCCCGGGCCCUCGGGCAGUGCCCGAGUUUCCAAAUGGUCAGUCCGCCCCUGAUAUAUACUAUAAUAAACAUUUCUGUGAUCACCUAUCAGCAUGAUCAUGCCGCCCUUCCCAUCAGUCAUAGCUGAUAUAUAGCAAUUUCUACACCAGCCCAUUACAUUUAACUUAUU